CAGUGUUUGACAAAGAACCUUCCCAGAUAUGCUGCAGAUAUUAAGUCAUUGCCACCCAACGUAAAGGAUAAACUGAUUAAAUUAAUGAGUAGGCAAGGACAAAUAACUGAUUCAAAUAUCAGUGAGGUAUUGCACCCUGCUGUAGAGUCUCUAGACCUCCGAGACUGUGAUAUUUCAGAUAAUGCGUUACUGCAGCUUCAUAACUGCAAGCAACUGAAAAAAAUCAACUUAAACUCUUGCAGAGAAAACAGAUUGGGAAUCACUUCAGAAGGUGUCAUAGCACUGGCCUUAUCCUGUCCUUACUUGCGUGAAGCGUCUUUUAAAAGGUGCUGUGAUAUAACUGACAGUGGAGUCCUUGCUCUUGCGCUCAACUGCCGGUUCCUACAAAUAGUGAACUUGGGCAGUUGUUCAGGCAUCAUGGAUGCAUCUCUGCAAGCACUAGGAGAAAACUGCAAGUUUCUUCACAGUGUGGAUUUCUCAUCUACUCAGGUAACAGAUGAUGGCGUUGUAGCACUAGUGAGUGGAACAUGUUCAAAGAAUUUAAAGGAGAUCCACAUGGAACGCUGUGUGAAUCUGACUGAUGUCGCUGUGGAAGCAGUCCUUACUUGUUGUCCGAAGAUACACAUUUUUCUGUUCCAUGGAUGCCCUUUGAUAACAGAUCGUUCCCGAGAAGUUUUAGAACAGCUGGUCAUAUCAAACAAAAUUAAACAAGUAACAUGGACUGUUUACUGAUUAUUUAUCAUGUACGUAUGAGUGUAAAGUUUACAGCUGGGAGAGCUCUUUCAGAAAACAAGCACCUUGGAGAAAUAGCGCCUUGGUGACUUUUGGACCACAUUGCUUCCCUCCUUGUUCCCACCAGAGGUCUCCAUCGCCAUUCCGGUCCUUGCCUGGUCACCAAUCAGCACUUCAGUUUGUUGGAUCCUGAUGCAUUUCCUCAGCCAGUGAUGCAGACCAUCAGCAAGCUGUUCAUCGUAAAACAUAUCUCCUAGAACAAUGAGGUCCCAGUUGCCAGCCUCUGAGUUUAUGAUGUUCUUAAUGGUGAUGGGGAAGGGAUUCAGGUGGUUCAGUUCACAGUUCAAGAUCAUUGCCAUUCCUGCAACUGAAGAAAAGACAAAGUAAAAUGAAAGUUACAUUUUUGGAUU